GGGCGAUGGAGUCGGGGAGGCUUGAGCGAUGGUGCUUGCCCCGCGUCGUCGUCGUUGGGUUGAGAGAGUUUGCCUGCUGCCAUGGGUCCCUCCCCUGGGACUCCAUUUCGGCACGGGGACACGGCUGCUGCUUCUGCGCCUUGUCCGUCGAUGUCUAACGACCCUGCCCUCGUGGUAUGGGGUGCGGAAUUCAGAGAGCUAAGGGUGUUUAGUCUGGUGAGGUGUGUCUGCUAUGAUGCGACGCGAAAGCCCACUCGGUUCAAUUGGCUACAGCAGGUUUUGGUUAUUUGGUUUUUACGUUUAUGUUAUUUUUAUUUUUAUUUUUUCUGACGUAAGGAUGGUACGAUAGUCAUCUAGUGCGUAGAGGAGGAGAAAGUGGCUCUCGGCAACGGCAGGUGUAAAAUUGCUGAGGAGUUCGCGAAAGCGUGCGAAUGGAGGAGGGAGGAAGGAGGGAGGAGUGCAGGUCGAUAUGAUUAAUGAAGCUGAUGUAAUGGCAUCUGGCAGGGGCGUAACUUCGGUUGUGCUGCGGGUGCACUUCAGGUGUCGUAUUUCUGGUCUGUGAUUUUUCAGUUGGAUUGAUAAUCAUGGAGCUCCUUGUGAUUUUAUCAGUCAUUGGGACGGUUUCUCAGGAAGGGGGAGAAGAGCGAAAGAGUGAAAUGGAACCAUGUUCUAUUGUUUAGUCUUCAGUGCACAAGGAUGUUCUAUAUUCGGAGACUGGGGAAGGAUUUGGAGUAUGAGAUACAAAAGGAACAGUAAACGGGGCUGUAUACGCGGAGUGGACAUCCUGAAUUGAUAUGAGCGAGGACUAUGCUUUGAUUGCACUAGGAUUUUAUGAAUUCCUAGCUGUGAUUGACCAAGAAAGAAAUCUCUAUUUUUUGUUUCUAGACCUGCUGCCUGACUCUUUAAAGUAGGCAUCAUGGAUCUGAAUCAGCAAAAGGAGCCAGAUCCCGAAGAGCGACAAUUCUACCCUGUUCCGCAUUCCCACUGGUUCCCUCGACCUAUUGCUUUUAGAGUUUACACUUCAUCGGGAGGAAAAUCGCAGCAUGAUUGCGGUUCAAAGGGAGCAAGAAGACUGCACAUUCAGGUUUCGCGGCCUUUACCAGUGAGGUUGACCAAGGAGAUUGUGGACACGUACCACGCCUGCAAUCCCAGCUUCCAGUAUACAGAAAGUUGCAACCCUAAAAGAUUUUUAACUGUCCCUUCGGUUGGAGUUUCUAAUAAUGGUUCAGACAAUGAGAACCAUGAUCUCAUCCUGUACUUUGGACGUAUCCUGGCUAAUGAUGAUAAUACUCGCAGAUAUGUUGUGAAAGAUCUUGUCGGGUGCGGCACGUUUGGCCAAGUGGCGAAGUGCUUAAUCUUGGAGACUAAUGACCUCGUGGCUGUAAAAGUCAUUAAAAACCAACGUGCGUAUUCUACCCAGGCCAGGGUAGAAAUUGGCAUCCUUCAUAGGUUGAACAACAUACGCGACAGGAGAAACGAACAUCAUGUUGUGAGAAGCUUUGACCACUUCAGCUGCGAAGGGCAUCUCUGCAUCGUUUUUGAGCUUCUUGGAGUUAACUUGUUUGAACUUCUGAAAACCAACAAUCUGAAAGGGAUCUCCUUACAGCUAGUGCGGAUCUUCACUGGUCAGUUGCUGGAUGCGCUAAGUUUGUUACAUGAUGCACGUGUAAUACACUGCGAUCUCAAGCCAGAGAAUAUUUUGCUGUCUAGUUUGCGUACAGCAGAGAUAAAGCUGAUUGACUUUGGGUCAGCAUGCAUGGAAGAUCAUACAGUUUACUCGUAUAUCCAGAGCCGAUUUUAUCGAUCACCAGAAGUUGUACUUGGGCAUCCAUACUCAACAGCGAUCGAUAUGUGGUCUUUGGGUUGUGUUGCAGCUGAGCUGUUUCUUGGGUUGCCCUUAUUUCCUGGGCAGUGUGCGUAUGAUCUCCUCCGUUUUAUCAUUGAAAAAUUAGGGAAACAACCUCCUGAUCACAUUUUACAGAAGGCAAAGAAUACAAAUAAGUAUUUCAAGUUAAUAAGUGCCGCUCCACAUCCGGAAAGUGGCCACACGAGCGGAAAUGCAUCAGUUUAUCAAUUUCUCACUCCGGAAGAGAAUGAGGCUAGAGAGAAAAGUAAACCUGCUAUUGGUAAGCGUUACAUAUCUGGAACUCUCGAGAAAAUGAUUAUGACCUAUCCGAUGAAGUCAGCUCAGAAAGAAGAAGUGGAACGAGAGAAGUUCAGCAGGAAAGUUUUCGUUGACUUUUUGAAGGGGCUAAUUGAAGUGGAUCCUUUCAAGAGGUGGACACCUUAUGAGGCUUCCCAACAUCCUUUUCUUACUGAUGGCCCUUUUACUGGCCCCUUUAAGCCAAAGAAAGAAACAAUAUCACGUGUGCCUACUGAUUCAAGAGUGACAAUAGAGCACAAAGUUAGUUCAGGGCACUGGAUAAAGGCAGGCCUCUCUCCUCAUGUUGGCAAAAUGAGCUUAUCGUCACAGUUCAAUGGUAGUCAACAGUUUCAACCCUUAAAUAUGGCAGGUAGUCCAGCCAGUUUUGGAAGCUUCGGGGACAACGCUGCUUUGGGUAGUAGCUUUGGAAGUAUAGGCGAGUGUGGAGGGCCGUCAAUGAGCUUACCAUCUGGUUUAAGUGGGCAUGCUGCUUGUAGUGCUAGAUCACCUGAUGCCAGACGGCAACACAUGCAAUUUAUGCAAAACGUUAAAAACACUCAACUCGGGAUGAGUCCAUCGGCAAGUGGAAUACGGCCUUCACAGGGAGCUAGUCCUUCACAUCAGUUUCAUAUACCCGGACCUCCCUUUCAGGCCUCUCCUGGAUCUCAACACAUCUCCACUCCAGGGUCUCAAUAUAUAACCUCACCAGGCGUUUUGUACCCAGGAUCUCCAGGAUCAACGUUUCAGAUAUCGCCAGGGUCAAGCUUCCACGGCCCAGCUUCUCCAUCCCAGAGUUCACCUAGAUAUGGCCCUCCUUCACCAGCAUAUGCUGCACGAGAGUUUAAUAAGCGAAGAACUCCUGGGCUAGCACCUGGUUUGAGUGGGUCUGGUGCAGUUCCUUAUGACAAUUUUCUCUUGUCCAGGCUGCAUCAAAAUAAUGCUGCUAGUAACAGAGAUGGUGGUGGUGAUAAUUUUAGCCACAUGCAAGGCGGUUCUCAUAUGAGCUCUCAAUGGCGAGCAGGAAGGGCUAGUAGCAAUUUGGGAGUGUUUGACCAGAACCAACUAAAUAAUAUGUACCUCUCAGAAACAUUGGGCCCUCCGUUAUUUACAUCGGAGACUACUACUGAAGCUGGUGACGACGAAUUAGCUGGUUCCGGAGACUGGGAUGGUGAUUUUAGGGAAGAGCAACUUUUUGAACAUGAUCCUAUUUCUGAAUCGACUGAAAAAACCAUGCCAUCAGAAAUUGGACCUUCAGAUGGGGUGAUGGGGUGUGGCGGAGCACGAUUGGGGCCUGGUCCAGGUUGUGGACCGAACGCACAGGAUUCUUUUCUUAGAAAAGGCCCUUUGCAUGGGCCGUUUUCAGGAUAUGAACGAGGCCAACCCUCAAAGCAUGGCUCAGCCUCUUCCUGUUCUAGUCGCCUUGGUUAUAAACAUCACAAGCAACCUAGUGCCCAUACCAAUUAUGGUCAUUCACCACAGUAUUCUUUUACUUCUGGAUCUCACUCUGGAAAUAGCUCUGGGCCGCCAAGUCGGUGGCAUCCUUCUGGAGAGUCUAGUAGUCAUAGCUCACCAGCUGGGGUCCUUCACUUCCAGCAGAGACAACAUCAUCCGCAUGCAACUUAUCAUUCGCCUGACCAUCAGCAGCCGUCUGGUUCACCUCUUCAAUGUUCCAGGAAGGUGUCUGAUGUAGCGAAACCACCUUCUAAUGGGCUCUUACCACUACCUCAGAUGGAUGCGAGAGGCUUUUAUGUUCCGGUUGGAAGUAAUGAACAUCUCAUCGGAACCGGUGGUACAGGCUACGUUAGAGCAGGAAUUAUUCCUAAUGUAUGUGGACUAGGCCCGCCACCAUUUUUUGAAGUUGGUGGAUCGACAUGGUCUGCACAGCAGUCUAUGUUUCCCCCAGGUCAAAUUUAUGCCACUGAUCACCUUCUUCCAGCAGGUCGUAAGACGGGCCCAUCUUUGGUGGCGGGGUUGAACAAACCACCAGCAACUGGCAGGGGAGCUUGCCGUUUUCCCAAGUAGCCCAUGCUAUGCAUUAAUUUUUGCUUCCAAUUCCAUCCUUUGUGGAUCAUAAUUGCUGGCCGAUGUCUGUAAUAGGACUUUCGGAGUCGAUAGUCUGUUCCUGCCGUUCCAUUAUUGGAGGGUCAGAGUGCAUUGAUGACGGGAAUAUGGCUUUGCUUCAGCAUCUGUAGAACAUAGAAGAGGUCUUUCGCAAGGGAUGCGCGCUGGAAUAGAUUUUUCUGUGGAUUCUGGCUCUUGCUAGACCAGGUCGGUAUGUUUUGCAAGUUGAUUGGAACUGCGAGGUUGGAACCAGUCUUGUACUGUAAUAUCAGGUUAGCCAGUUUAAUAUAUCCAUGCUUACGACACUUUUGACGUUUUGUGAUAUACAAUGUUGUGUAGAGACGAUGCUCUUACACAGGUCUUGGGAUAUCACAGUUUGUAUACUUUCGAUGCAGUUUUCAACUGCAGGUAUUGGUGGACCUUAAAUAGAAAUUCACGAAUUCAACUACCAA